AUGGCUGCAAACGACGACUAUGACGCCGCGGCCGCCUUGGCCAAGUACCACGAGUCCGGUGGCGGUGUCCGCGGCCUCGUGGAGUCCGGCAUCACCUUCGUGCCACCGUUCUUCCAGUUCCUCGCGCCCGGGUGCCCAGGAUCGACGGCAGCUCCGAAGAAGACGACCCAGUUCGCCAUCCCAACCGUUGACCUCUCCCUUCCACGCACGGCCAUUGUGUCCCUCGUCGGGGAGGCUGCACGCACAUGCGGAAUCUUCUACGUCACCAACCACGGCGUCGAUGCCGAUGCUGCGGUGUCCGCCGUCCGCACCUUUCACGAGCUACCUCUCGCCAGCCGCUCGCCGCUCUACACGCUCACGCCCGUCGGGGGAGUCACCUACUCCACCCAGCCCCGGCCACCCGGCCAAGGCGCCGAGCCUAUACUCCCCUGGCGCGACUGUCUGAAGUUUCUGUCGCCAAAGCCCAACUUUGGACGCAUCCCCGAGGUAUGCCGGAACGCUCUGCUAGAGCAUCGGCAGCGCAUGGAGGAGUUCGGGAAGAAGAUGGCAGCGAUGCUGUUGGAGGCGCUCGGCGUCGGCCCGGAGUGGCUGGGCGUGGAGGCUUGGAUUAUGGCGUGCCACUACUACCCGCCAUGCCCGGAGCCCGAGCGGGUGGUAGGCUGCGGAGAGCACACGGACCCCUGCGUGCUCACCGUGCUAGCCCAGGACGAAGUCGGAGGGCUUCAGAUCCGUCUGGACGGCGGCGGCAAUGACGGAGCGUGGAUGGAUGUGCCGCCGGUGCCCGGAGCUCUUCUCGUCAACAUAGGGGACGUGCUCAAGUUGGUAUCAAAUGAUGAGUACAAGAGCGUCAUGCACAAGGUGAGAAUCAAGUCUGAUCGAGAUGCUAGGAUUUCAAUUGCCACCUUAUUUAAUCCUCCCAAGCGCGGCGAUUCGGACUUGUUUGGGCCGCUCCCAGAGCUGGUGACAGCAGAAAAACCGGCACGGUACCGAAGUUUCACCAUGACAGAGUUCUUGAAGUCCUGUGCGGAGUUCGGUCAUGGCAGGUCGUCGACUGACCGAUUAAGGGUCGCAGACACGAUGUAA